AUGCACAAAAAUACUGACCGGUUAAGCACCGGAUCCCAACCUUUCAUCUCUCAACCGUCGAUUUUUCUCUUACCCAACGAGUUGCUUCUGCAUGUCGCCGGCUUUCUUUCAGAGGAUCGGGAUAUCGCCUCUCUUCUGCAAGCAAAUCAACGUUUGAAAUAUCUCCUCGAGAAUUAUAUCUUCCAGAACAAUCUGGCCACAAAUUAUGGCACUGCACUACCCCUGUGUGCCAAAUAUGGUCUGAGGAAGAGUGUGCAGAAAAUACUGAGCCUUGGAGCGGACGGAGACGAAUCUGACAUUGAUUCCCGUACAGCGUCGAGUUACGCAGCCGAGAAAGGGGACUUCGAAAUGUGGCAAAUACUCCUGGAUCAUGAUGCGCUCCUUGGUCACGAGCAAAAUCUGUUCAACAAAGGUGACGACAACGAACGCACCCCACUCAGCUGGGCAGCAGAAGGUGACCAGCUCGAAUUUGCUCAAUAUCUCAUUAAACACGGUGUAAAUGUCGACACGACGUGCUCGGAAAGGCGGACUCCUCUAAGCUAUGCAGCUGAAGCAGGACACCUGGCAAUGGUUCAAUGGUUACUUGAACAAGGGACUAGUCCGGAGGACUCCAUUUGCUUAGAGGACAGAGAUGGCCUAACGCCUUUACAUUAUGCCGCCUUUGAAGGGAACGAAUGUAUCGUGGAAUUACUCAUAUCGUCUGGCGCACAUCCAGACCACGAGGGAAUGGACUGUAUGUAUAUGGCAGCCCAGACACCAGUAAUGGAAGCAGCUCGAGGUGGCCAACUUACAGUCGUGAAGAUGCUUCUCGAUAUGGGCGCUGAUGUGGAAAGGUGUGAUGUAAGAGGAAUGUCACCAUUGACAUAUGCUGCACGAGCAGGUGUUGGCGAGCCUUUGAGAGAAAGCGAUUAUUAUCUCGUCAAUUUUAUGCAUGGCCAGCCAGGUCCUGGGUGGUACUUUGAUGGGGCGGGCUUUCAAGCACCUUGCAAAUCUGGCAAACUAAGGGACUAUCUCGCCGUCGUGAAACUAUUGAUCGACCGAGGAGCGGAUCCCAGAAAAUCCCACUGCGACCAUAACGGAUUGCCAGAGGACAGCCCCCUUUAUUGUGCAGCAUGGGCGGGUGCGACCGAUAUCGUUGAAUUUCUGAUUGAUGCGGGAGCCGAAGUGGAUGAUCUGUCCACCAAGAGAGACAGGACCGCGCUUCAUGCCGCGGUGCGAAAUGGCCAUCUCGACGUGGUCGAGAGAUUACUCGCUCAUGGCGCCAAUGUCAAUGCGAGGGAUCCAAUGCAUACACCUUUGGACCGUGCAAAAUUCGCUGCCAAACUGGUUGCGCAAGGCAAAGGUUCAUUCGAGUAUGGAGAUAUAUGGAAUACGAGAUAUAUGGUACUCUUCAAAGACAAUCUUAUGAAGUAUCAGCAGGUAGUUGAUAUGCUCAUUGCUCACGGCGGUGAAGUUGGAGUGGAAAGCUUCUCUCCAUGGUAG